CACAGUUUUUCUCGUUAACUAUUUGUUCAUCUUCCAACCAUAUGAAACUCUUCGGUGGCGGCGCUUUAUUCCUCUAGCGCCGCUACUUCCAUCACCAUACUAUAAGUUUAAACCGUAAUAACAAAGAAUAAAAAAUAAAUCCAAGCAUGGAAGAUAUAAGGUUUCAAUUCAGUGACCCAUAUGAAAGACCCAUUAGUCCAAGUUUUUUCAAUAUGAGUAACCCCACACUGGCAGAUUUAUCCAUUAACAAUAACAAUGGACCCACUGCAAUGUCCCACCAAAAUCACCAUGAAGUAUUUCAACAGAGACAGAACAGUAAUUACAAUGGAGUGCUUCAACAGAGACAGAGUGGUAAUUAUAAUGAUCCAUUUUCAAAUUCACUGUUAUCCCAACAAAAUCACCAUGGAGUAAUUCAACAGGGACAUGGUAGUAAUUUUGAUCAAUUUCCUACUCCAUUAUCACACCAACAAAAUAACCGUGGUAGUAAUAAUGAUGAUCUAUUUACCAUUAUACAACAAUCCAAACUAAAUCACCAUGAAGUACUUCAACAGGGACAGGGUGGUAAUAACAAUAAUAAUAAUAAUAAUGAAACAUUUUCUCAUCCAAUGGUUGAAGAUCAAAAUGUUAACAAUAAUUUUACCUUUGGAGGGAAUAACUUUGAAGUGGGUAGUACAUCACAAAUUCAUGAUAAUCAAAAUCAACCUGCAAAUGAUAUUCCGGUGUUGUUGAACCACGCCGAAGUGCUAGCACUUGAUCAAUGGCCACCAGCACCACUUCCAUAUUUUUGCAGUUGUUGUCAUGUUCUCAGAGAAAUUAUUCAUGCUAAUGGUAUUCAAUUUGAAAAACUUGAGAUUCAUGGAAGACUUGGGUUAAUUACUCAUGCAAUUCAUCAUCAGACACCUGUUAAUGGAGACGCUCCAAUUUAUCAAAUGGUUGAUUUUUGUCGGAGAAGUCUUGAAGAAAUAAAGAUUUUUUUGGCGCAAUACUGUGUGGAGCGUAAUAGAGCAGGGUAUUUCAUUCUACAAGAUCCUAUGUCUGCUUAUUAUGAAACUCUUUGCACUGGUCUGGAUUGGAUUGAAGAUCUUAAUAUGGAAGAUCCUGUUGAUGCUAACAAUAAUAACAAUCAAAAUAAUUCAGAUGAGAUUGUGGAGCCACAAGAGCAAGAGGGUGAGAAUGGAACGCCUACUAAAAAGAAUCUCUCAGUACAGAGGAAGAAAGCAGGAAAACUUACAUUGAAUGAUUUAUGCGAUCUUUUUCAUCUACCUAUUGAGGAAGCAUCGGAAUGUGUGAAGUUAUGUCCGACAGUUGUCAAGAAAACUUGUCGUAAAGCAGGAUUAGCGCGAUGGCCUUACAGAAAGGUCAAAAGCAUUUUGAAACAGAUAGAAUUACUGGGAAGUCAAUUGCAUACACAAGAUCCGGCCACAAGGGCGAGGACUCAAGAGGAGAUUAACAGGCUUAAACAUGAAAUGAUUCAGCAUUGUGGUGGACAAAUACCAACAGCAAUGUAUAACAUUCCUCCCCUGCAGCAGCAGCAACAUCAGCAGCAGUAGUUUGUCCAUUAUUAUUGUUAUUAUGGAGAUCAAGAGUGGCUAGUUAACCUGAUUCUUUCUACAGUGUGUCUGAUUAAGUUUGCUUGGUGGCUUUUUAUUUGUUGAUUGUUUUAGACUUUCUUGGUGGUGGUGUGAAUAAUGUGGAUAUGUAUAUAGUAACUAAUGUAGAUUGGUGUGGUGAUAAUGUAGAUAUUGUAAUUUUUGUGUUUGACUAUGUGGAUAUUGUAAUUCUAUGUAACCUCAUAUUGUAUAUAUUAUUAUGGUGGUUAUUGGUUA